AGCGGGCGCGACUAUGCCAAGAUGGUCCUGCAGGCGCGGAACAAGCACCGCGACGCGGCCCCCAAGCCGCCCCGCGCCUCGCCGUCGCCGCUGAGGGGGGCGCCGGGCGCCGGGGACCCCGGGCCCGAGCGCGCGCCCCCGUCCCCCGGGCGCAAGGGCGCCGCGGGCAGAAAGGGGCCCCGCGCCGAGUCCACCUCACCGCCCUCCGGGGGCGGCCUCGGGGGGCGCCUGGCGGCCGGGCUGCGCGGGGCGCUGGGCCUGCGGCGUGCGGGGCGCGGCCGGACCUGGACCACCCUCCUGCUAGCUGCCUUUGCUGCGGUACUGCACUGGAGUCAUAUCACACACCUCUUCGAAAAUGACCGUCAUUUCUCUCACCUCUCGACAUUGGAAAGGGAGAUGGCUUUUCGCACUGAAAUGGGAUUAUAUUAUUCCUACUUCAAGACUAUUGUGGAAGCACCCUCAUUUUUUAACGGAGUGUGGAUGAUUAUGAAUGAUAAGCUGACUGAAUACCCUCUCGUCAUUAACACAUUAAAAAGGUUCAAUCUUUACCCUGAGGUAAUCUUAGCCAGCUGGUAUCGAAUUUAUACCAAAAUAAUGGACAUGAUUGGCAUUCAAACCAAGAUAUGUUGGACGGUUACCAGAGGAGAAGGACUCAGUCCAAUCGAAAGCUGCGAAGGAUUGGGAGAUCCUGCCUGCUUUUAUGUUGCUGUCAUUUUUAUUUUAAAUGGACUGAUGAUGGCAUUGUUCUUCAUUUAUGGCACAUAUUUAAGCGGCAGCCGGUUAGGAGGCCUGGUCACGGUGUUGUGCUUCUUUUUCAACCACGGGGAGUGCACCCGGGUGAUGUGGACGCCGCCGCUCCGCGAAAGCUUCUCCUACCCCUUCCUCGUGCUCCAGAUGCUGCUCAUCACGCACAUUCUCAGGGCCACAAAACUCUACCGAGGAAGCUUGGUUGCACUCUGCAUUUCCAACGUGUUUUUCAUGCUUCCGUGGCAGUUCGCACAGUUUGUACUUCUUACUCAGAUUGCGUCAUUAUUCACAGUCUAUGUCGUGGGAUACAUUGAUAUAUGCAAGUUACGGAAGAUCAUUUAUAUACACAUGAUUUCUCUUGCACUUUGUUUUGUUUUGAUGUUUGGAAACUCAAUGUUAUUAACUUCUUAUUAUGCUUCCUCUUUGGUGAUUAUUUGGGGUGUACUGGCAAUGAAACCACAUUUCCUGAAAAUAAAUGUAUCUGAACUUAGUUUAUGGGUUAUCCAAGGAUGUUUUUGGUUAUUUGGAACUGUCAUACUCAAGUAUUUGACAUCUAAAAUCUUUGGCAUUGCAGAUGAUGCUCACAUUGGCAACUUACUAACAUCAAAAUUCUUCAGUUACAAGGAUUUUGAUACUUUAUUGUAUACUUGUGCAGCAGAGUUCGACUUUAUGGAAAAGGAGACUCCACUGAGGUACACAAAGACAUUGUUGCUUCCAGUCGUUCUCGUUGUGUUUAUUGCAAUUGUCAGAAAGAUUAUUAGUGACAUGUGGGGUGUCUUAACUAAACAACAGACACAUAUAAGAAAACACCAGUUUGAUCACGGAGAGCUGGUCUAUCACGCGUUGCAGCUGGUGGCAUACACAGUGCUGGGCGUUCUGAUCAUGAGGCUGAAGCUCUUCCUGACGCCGCACAUGUGCGUCAUGGCUUCUCUGGUCUGCUCGAGGCAGCUGUUCGGAUGGCUCUUUUGCAAAGUACAUCCUGGCGCUGUUGUUUUUGCUCUGUUAGCAGCCAUGUCAAUACAAGGUUCGGCAAAUCUGCAAACCCAGUGGAACAUUGUAGGGGAAUUCAGCAAUUUGCCACAGGAAGAACUUAUAGAGUGGAUCAAAUAUAGUACUAAACCAGACGCGGUGUUCGCGGGGGCCAUGCCCACGAUGGCGAGUGUCAAACUCUCCGCACUGCGGCCCGUUGUGAAUCACCCGCAUUAUGAAGAUGCAGGUUUGAGAGCCAGAACGAAAAUCGUGUACUCGAUGUACAGCCGGAAAGCAGCCGAAGAGGUGAAGCGAGAGCUGGUGAAGUUGCAGGUGAAUUACUACAUCCUGGAAGAGUCGUGGUGCGUGCGCAGGUCCAAGCCUGGCUGCAGCAUGCCUGAGAUCUGGGACGUGGAAGACCCCGCGAACGCCGGGAAGCCUCCGUUAUGCAACCUCUUGGUGAAGGAGUCCGAGCCCCACUUCACCACUGUAUUCCAGAACAGUGUUUACAAAGUCUUAGAAGUUAUAGAAGAAUGACUGCUGCCCACAGAGAAGACAUCAGCAAUGGUUUUAACAUUUUGCUAAUAACUCAUGCCUUGUUUUUAAUUCAAAUCCCAAAAACUUUUAUAGGUGACUGUUUUGAAAUAGACAAUGUUUUACUUGGUCAAUUUGAAUGUCAUUCUGAUUGUAAAAAUAUGUAUACCAUUAUCAAUUGGGUACUAUUUCAGUGCACCCCUUAAAAUUUGCUAUGCAAAUGAGUAUAUGCUUGUAUCUGACUUAAGUAUCUGUGCUAAAAUGAGCAAAGCUAUCUGCAUACCAAACGUGAUGGGUCAUGAAAGGAUGAUAUGAAAAUAUAGUCAGUUCUAAACUCUGUAGGGGCUGAUUUACAGUUUAUGGACUAUUAAUGCCCCUUGCUUUUGUCCAUGCCUCUUGCUCUUGUCUUUGGGACAUUCUACUGAUUAUUGUGAGCUCCUCAGUCACGUUGGUCCCUGUCCUUAAGAGUAGAUGGGGCUGACAUGGGUAUUUGCUAUGUGGAAUUACUCUGUUUAUUUCCCUUUGUGUUUUUUUGUUCUCUGUUGUUCUUGUUAAUGACAAGAACAUGCCCGUUAUCCAUACAAACUCUUGGACCUAGUGGUCAGGGCCACAUUCCUGUGCCAACGGUGUGGUAUUAGCGUGACUCCUCUCUCCCCCCACCCCUGCCCCCCUUCUUUCUCUCCUCCCUCUCUCUCCCUCUUUACCCGCUCUCUCCCUUCCUCCCUCUCCUCCCCCCCUCUCCCAACAUUCUUUGUCAAAUAAGUGGUAUUUACUCAUUUAGUUUCUUGUAUCAAGUACUUUUUCUUGGUUAAAAAAAUUAAUGGCAAUUGUGUAUUUUCUCAUUUUUAGUGUUAUUCAGAUGUGUAUAUUUUAAUAUCUUUAAACCACUUUUCAAACUUUUCAUGUUUAAUUAUAGUUUUAAGAAAACUAUUUUGAACAACCUCAAAUGCAGUGCAUCCAGAAACUAACGUAUAUUUCUGUAGACACAAUGUACUGUGGAACAAUAGACUGUAGUAUGUGGUAAUUUUUCUUUUAUUAUUAAGAUACAAUAAAACAUAACUAAUUUUUGUGGCAAAAAGUACGUGAAUAAUGAUAAGUGAAUGGAGUUUUUAUAUUUUACUUUUUAAAUUGCCUGUCUUUAACAAGACAAAGCCUUAAGCCUUAGAAUUUUGGUUCUGAAAACCAUUGCAGUAUGAGGAGGAAUAUAUUAAGCCUUCCUCUUUAUUCUUUUCCUCCUAUUUAUUUUUAUUUUGAAAAAUUUUCAAACCUGCUUUGAAUUCCUAGCAUGAAUUUUCGUUUUUUAGAAGUUAAUUUGUGUGAAAUGAGAUUUUUCAAAACAGCGAAUCCUUUAUAUCUCUGAGAAAUGGUUUUGGGAUUUUAAAUUCCAAGCAAACGCUGCCUCAGGUGGACCGCCGUUUAAUGACACAGUGACAGCGUUCUCCUGGUUCACCCCAGGCAGAGUCACCUCUCAGUGGACAUCCCUGAGACCUGAGUCCUCGGGGUGGUUUCCAGCCCCACCCAGAGCUGCCCAGAGCUGCCCAGUGGCCAUGACUUUCUGCCCCUGCAUCAGGGUCCGGGAUGCCCUGGGGGCAGCUCCAGCUCCAAGCAGGCAGUGGGGUGCAGGCCCUGCCUGCCCUGGGGCGCCUCCCCGCAGCCCCUAGGUCCUCCCAGGGUCUUCAGGUGCCGCCCUGCCUCCUCCCUUGCUGGGUGACUUAUUUCUUGGGCUUUUGCCACUUUAAGAAAACAGGGAAGUAGCCUGGGAGCUGUGGAUUAGGGGAGGAAUUUGAGCACUGAUGCAACAAUGCAAAAAAAUGGGAAGAAGGCACUCACAGCCCCUGAGGAUGGUCGUAGGGCGGAGGAGGGGAGCAGCUGGGCUCUGUCUGCAGCUGUUCGCACCAGACACGGCUGCGGUGUCUUCAGCAGUUAGUUUUUUUUUAAUGGUACUCUUGAAGUUAUUCUCUGUUCUUCCCACCCUCCAAUAAUUUCCUUCCUAAUACGUUCACACGUAAGGGUUGGAAUUCAGUACAGGAAAAACAUUAAACUACUAUUGUAACUGUUUCCUAUGCUGGGAAAGGGUAGAAGUUGUCACGUUGACUUUGUUUCUGAAGACCACUUGUGACCGUAUUUAUUAACGUAGCCCCAGCAGCCAGCCCUGGUUCUGCGCUAGGCCAGACGGUGUAGAACAGAGGCUGUGGGCGGCGCUGCGUUCAGUCCCGCUCACACCUGGGAGCCACCGGUGCUGUCGCUCAGAAUCUUCUUUUACAGCAACAUAGCGUAGAAGUAGGUUUGAUACACGUGACAAAGCAGUAUUAAAGCUCAGUAUUUUACACAUUUUUAGCAUUGAAAAAUAUUUUUGCUUUAGUGUGAAGGAGGGAAGGAUGGGCCAGGAGGCGAUAAAACAGCUAUUGCUAGGACAUGAAAAAACAAAGCUGGGUCAAUAUUUCUAUAAAAAGAUGAGCCUCUAAAAAUGCUUAGCAGAAAAAGUGUAGUGUUAAAAUAAGGCCAUGAUGUUAAGGAGAAAACGAGAGGAUGUAUCAGGAAUAAAGUGAUAUUACAUAGGAGUAUUGUAUUUUUAUGAAUUUUAUGCCAGUUGUUUACAUGUACUAUGUAUGUCAAGUAAAA